AUAACAGCUGUGGCUCCCUUAGCUGCCUCCUGAGAGGCUCCGGGGCGAAGCAGCUCUUAAGAUAUGCCUCGCUGCAAUGGGGAGCAACAGCGGAACGGAGAGACGGUGGCCGGGCCGAAAGCGUCGCAAAGCCUCAGAGAGCGGGCUCUGUCCCGCCCGGUCCCCAGGUGGGCGCUCGCGCCUGUCCGGCGAGUCCGCAGGCUGGGGGACCGGAGGCCCCAAAGGCCAAUAGACAUGUAGGGGCGGGGUCUCCACCGAUUUUUUUUCCUGCCUGGUGGACGUGGUCUUGGCAUCCACGCCAAUGAGAGUGCGAGGGCGGGGCCUGAAUAGACGCAGGAAAUGGCGACGGCCCCGGGUCCUUGAGCAGCGGGGGCGGGGCCUGGUUGUGGCCCCUCCUUCGCCCGUCCACAAGCUCCCUGAGUGGGAAUGGGGUUUCGGAGUACCUGGCUGGUUGGCUAGACCCCGAAGCCAGCGCUGAGAAGGGCUGCGGAUGCCCGGGUGAGGGAAAAGGGCAGGUCCAAGAACACGCGGGGCUGGUCCUGGGCAAGAACCGCCCCCUCCCCGGGUCUGCUUCAGUUUUCCUUCGCAGAACACCGGGCCGGGCCUCUUCUCUCUGUCCCCGGGUGCUUGAAGUCUAGCCCCAUCCUGGUCCCAGUGCGCUCUUGGUAGCCUCCUUUCCCGGUUGCCCGCCUGCCGCCAUGCCGCCCUUACUACUACUCCUGCGCCUGUGCCGGCUGUGGCCCCGCAGCCCUCCCUCCCGGCUCCUCGGAGCGGCCGCCGGGCAGCGGUCCAGCCCCAGUAAUUAUUAUGAACUAUUGGGGGUGCAUCCUGGUGCCAGCACUGAGGAAGUUAAACGAGCUUUCUUCUCCAAGUCGAAAGAGCUGCACCCGGACCGGGACCCUGGGAACCCAAGCCUGCACAGCCGCUUUGUGGAGCUGAGUGAGGCAUACCGUGUGCUCAGCCGUGAGCAGAGCCGCCGAAGCUAUGAUGACCAGCUCUGCUCAGGUGGUCCCCCAAAGUCUCCACGAACCACAGCCUAUGACAAGUCUGCCUGCCAAACACACAGCAGCUCCUGGGCACCCCCCAACGCACAGUACUGGUCCCAGUUUCAUAGCGUGAGGCCACAGGGGCCCCAGUCGAGGCAGCAGCAACACAAACAAAACAAGCAAGUGCUGGGGUACUGCCUCCUCCUCAUGCUGGCAGGCAUGGGCCUGCACUACAUUGCCUUCAGGAAGGUGAAGCAGAUGCACCUUAACUUCAUGGAUGAAAAGGAUCGGAUCAUCACAGCCAUGUACAACGAAGCGCGGGCGCGGGCGCGGGCCAGGUCUGUCCCUGCUCUCUUCUGCCCCUGCUCCCUGUCCCGGCACCACACUUGGGGAUCCCUAUCCCAACCACCCAAGUGCCCUCUCCUCCAGGGCCAACAGAGCCAGCCUUCAGCAGGAGCGACAACGGCAAAGGCAGCAGCAGCCGCCACCACCGGAGCCAACCCAAGUCCCGGAGAUCGUGCCCCCGGGCGCCGGCCCCUGAGGGGCUCACCUGGAUAGAGCCUGCAGUGCAUUCCCGCCUUGCUUCCUUCCCUGGACUGCCCGCUUCCCAAAACGCGCGCAAUAAAGUGAUUCACAGA